AAAAAAAAACUCCUCAGUCCUCCCUUCUUUCUUCUUGUACGUUCAUAGAGAGAGAACAAACUUGGUGAAUUAUCUUUAGUUUCCAUGUAAUCUCUUUAUUAAUCAAGCCAAAACGCAGUGCUCUCUAAUGGAAGGUACACUGAACAUUUUGCCUCUAAAACGCGCAGGUUCAAAUGAGUCGCAUGUAAAGGGAAAUAAAAGGAUGAAAGAGACGAAGGAAAAAGUAACUGAUUACGCCAAGCCAUUUGCAAUUCGUGGUUUACUGGAGCGGUUAGAUAGUGGGAGAUAUGGAAGUGUUACGGACGAUAUCCGAUCACUUUUUUACCGGAGAGCUCAAUUGAUACAUCCGUGUUUGGCUAUGCAUCCUACGCUGUCGAAUGAGCCACGUGGUCGAGGGAUGAGUUUCGGUGAGGAAAAGUGUAAUGUGAUUGAUUUGGAUGAUGAUGAGAUUGAGGGUGGUGGUGAUUCUGUUGGAAAUGUCGCUGUGGGGAGAACGCCGGUUGUGGUUAUUGACUCGGACGAUGAUGAGAGUAAUGAGAAUAGGAUGGCUGGGCAUUUUCAGGGGAUUGUUUUGCCUAAGCUCGAGGGGCAAUUUUCCACUGACGUUAUGGUUAGUGACAAUGUUGGUAGAAGAAUUCAAGGAGAAGUAGCGAGCCUUACUGGUGAACCUGACUCCAAGAAAGAUAAAGGUGUUUAUGUUGGUGUAGAGAACGAUGAAGUUGACACGGAGAUCAAAGAUGAUAGUCUUCAGGUUAGUGACAAUGUUGGUAGAAGAAUUCAAGGAGAAGUAGCGAGCCUUACCGGUGAACCUGACUCCAAGAAAGAUAAAGGUGUUUAUGUUGGUGUAGAGGACGAUGAAGUUGACGCAGGGAUCAAAGAUGAUGGUCUUCAGGUUAGUGACAAUGUUGGUAGAAGAAUUCAAGGAGAAGUAGCGAGCCUUUCUGGUGAACCUGACUCCAAGAAAGAUAAAGGUGUUUAUGUUGGUGUAGAGGAUGAUGAAGUUGACGCGGAGAUCAAAGAUGAUGGUCUUCAGGUUAGUGACAAUGUUGGUAGAAGAAUUCAAGGAGAAGUAGCGAGCCUUACUGGUGAACCUGAAUCCAAGAAAGAUAACGGUGUUUAUGUUGUUGUAGAGGACGAUGAAGUUGACGCGGAGAUCAAAGAUGAUGGUCUUCAGGUUAGUGACAAUGUUGGUAGAAGAAUUCAAGGAGAAGUAGCAAGCCUUGCUGGUGAACCUGACUCCAAGAAAGAUAAAGGUGUUUAUGUUGGUGUAGAGGACGAUGAAGUUGACACGGAGAUCAAAGAUGAUGGUCUUCAGGUUAGUGACAAUGUUGGUAGAAGAAUUCAAGGAGAAGUAGCGAGCCUUACUGGUGAACCUGACUCCAAGAAAGAUAAAGGUGUUUAUGUUGGUGUAGAGGACGAUGAAGUUGACACGGAGAUCAAAGAUGAUGGUCUAGGAGAUAUCUGGAAAGAAAUGUCAUUUGCAUUGGAAUGUUCCAAGGAUGUUGUUGAAAAUUCUCCAUCUGAUGAAAACAUGGAAGAAGAUGAAGAUUACUGUGAUCACUCUUUUGUCUUGAAGGAUGAUAUUGGUUAUGUUUGUCGCAUAUGUGGGGUUAUUGAGAGAGCAAUUGAUACUAUAAUUGAAAUCCAGUUUAAUAAGGUCAAAAGGAAUACAAGGACUUACAUCUCUGAAUCCCGGAAUGCCAAGGACAGAGAUUCAAAUGGGACGGUUGGAGCUGACUUGUUUGAAGAAGAUUUGAUGGUAACUGACAUCCCUGCUCAUCCAAGGCACAUGAAGCAAAUGAAACCUCAUCAAGUGGAGGGUUUCAAUUUUCUUCGCAAUAAUUUGGUGGCAGAUAAUCCAGGGGGGUGCAUCCUGGCUCAUGCUCCGGGAUCUGGUAAGACAUUUAUGAUAAUCAGUUUUAUGCAAAGUUUCCUAGCCAAAUAUCCACAUGCAAAACCGCUAGUGGUGCUUCCAAAAGGAAUAUUACCUACAUGGAAAAGGGAGUUUCAGAUAUGGCAAAUCGAGGAUAUUCCACUGUAUGAUUUCUACUCUGUUAAAGCAGAUAGUAGGCAGCAACAAUUGGAGGUCUUGAAACAGUGGGUGGAGCAGAAGAGUAUACUUUUCUUAGGGUACAAACAGUUCUCCUCUAUUGUAUGUGAUGAUGGGAAGAACCAAGUGUCAGUUACUUGCCAGGAGAUAUUGCUAAGAAGACCUUCAAUUCUAAUUUUGGAUGAAGGCCAUACUCCGAGGAAUGAGAAUACAGACGUGUUACAAUCUCUAGCCAAAGUGCAGACACCUCGUAAAGUUGUGCUGUCUGGAACCCUCUACCAAAAUCAUGUCAAGGAGGUGUUCAAUGUAUUGAAUCUAGUUCGUCCGAAGUUCUUGAGGAUGGAUACCCCCCGAGCUAUUGUCAAGCGCAUCUUGAGUAAAGUAAACAUUCCAGGUGCAAGGAAGCAAUUCAAAGCAGGUGUAGAUGCAGCUUUCUAUGACUUGGUAGAGCAAACCAUACAGAAAGACCAAGAUUUCAAAAGGAAGGUGACUGUUAUACGAGAUCUGCGUGAGAUGACUAGCAAGGUUCUUCAUUAUUAUAAAGGAGAUUUCUUGGAUGAGCUUCCAGGGCUGGUUGAUUUCACUUUGAUGCUGAACCUCAGUUCCAGACAGAAGCACGAGGUGAAAAAGUUGAAGAAGUUGGCAAUGAAGUUCAAGAGAAGUUCUGUUGGGAGUGCUGUUUAUCUACACCCAAAGUUGAACUCCUUCUCCAAGAACUCUGCCAUAACUGAUGAUAUGAUGGAUAACUUGCUAGAGACAGUAGAUGUGAGAGAUGGAGUCAAGGCGAAAUUCUUUCUCUAUAUAUUAAGCUUAUGCGAGUCAGCUGGGGAGAAGCUCCUGGUUUUCAGCCAGUACCUCACACCGUUGAAGUUUUUAGAAAGACUUGUGAUGAAAGUAAAGGGCUGGAUUUUAGGAAAAGAAAUCUUUUUGAUCUCUGGUGAGUCAAGUUCUGAUCAUCGGGAGUGUUCCAUGGAGCGUUUCAACAACUCCACGGAUGCUAAAGUAUUCUUUGGGUCCAUUAAGGCAUGUGGAGAAGGGAUAUCACUGGUGGGAGCAUCUCGGAUAAUUAUCUUAGAUGUUCACCUUAAUCCUUCAGUAACUCGCCAGGCGAUAGGACGUGCAUUCCGACCUGGGCAAACAAAGAAAGUGUAUGCAUAUAGGUUGGUCGCUGCUGAUUCACCUGAAGAGGAAGAUCAUACCACUUGCUUCAGGAAGGAAGCAAUCGCAAAAAUGUGGUUUGAAUGGAAUGAAUACUGUGGUUACCAGGAUUUUGAGGUGGGGACUGUUGAGUUGGAUGACAGUGGAGAUCGCUUCUUGGAAAGUCCGCUGGCGAGGGAAGAUGUAAGGGUUUUGUAUAAAAGGUAGGACCUGGCGAUGAUAGGGUUGAAGCACUGGAGUAGGUGGAGAUAAAUUAUUACUUCUGACUCAGAAACUGUACAUACUUUCCUGGUCCAUGGUCUUAAAGCAAUGCAGACAGAUAUCUUAGAAGUUGAAAGCAAGAUUGAAAAAUAGAUGCAAAGUUAUCAUUUCUGGGCUGUUUAUUCCCAGCUUGUUUCACUUGUCUUUAGGUGGACGAACUUACUGCGCGCACCUCCAGAAUUUUAGCCUUUGUAAAUAUUCAUCAUUUUUUUUCGUAGUUUUUCUGUUAAGUGAUUGUAAUCAGCUGAAGUAUAGGAUGCAUGUCUUUGUGCUUGUAGCAUUCAAAGGUUUUGCGCUCUUAAUCAGCUUUGUGACUGAUGACUGUACAGGGAAUCAUGGGGACGAGACAGGAUGACAAAUACGAAUUUCUUGGUCUUUAAUUA